UCCAGCUGAGCUCCUGCAGGACGUCCAUACAGCCGAGGAAAACUGUCCAUGUUGUCCUCCUUCGAGGUUCAAAGGUUGUUGAAGUUUAGCAAACAGACCUGAGUUCUGACCUAGAGAUGGAGAAAACCUGUUUUGAUCCGGUGUUAAGGGUGGCCAUUUGUGGUGGGACGCAUGGGAAUGAGCUGACAGGUGUCUACAUCGUGAGAGAGCUGCAGAAACAGAAGAUGGACAAACUGGGACCGGUUUCUGUAACCACCGUUCUGACAAACCCACGAGCCACUGAUGCUUGCAGAAGAUACGUGGAGAUGGAUCUGAACCGCUGUUUCACAGACGCUCUGCUGAGCUCUCCCACAACAGACGGGACUCCCUACGAGGUGAGACGAGCCCAGGAGCUGAACGUUCAGCUGGGACCCAAAGGAAGCGAGGAGGCCGUAGAUCUGCUCAUAGACCUGCACAACACCACGGCCAACAUGGGCCUGACUCUCAUCUUUUACUCCUUGGACUGGAUCAACCUGCACAUUUACAAAUACAUACAGAGUAAGAUGACUCAAGUGCCUGUGAGAGUGCUCCAGCUGGACGUAGCGAGCGCUGAUGCUUAUUCCCUGGAGUCGGUGGGGAAACAUGGCUUUGCUAUAGAAGUGGGGCCUCAGCCCAACGGCGUGCUCCGAGCUGACAUCUUUAACAUGAUGAAAACAGCAGUGGACCUCACGUUAACGUGGCUGCAGGAGUUCAAUUCUGGACACACUUUUGAAGGAGGCGAAGUGGAAGCAUUCACUUACGUAAAAAGUGUUGACUAUCCAAGAGAUGCAGCCGGUGAAAUAACUGCUGUCAUACACCCCGAGCUGCAGGAUAAUGACUUUCAGCCCCUGCGGUCGGGGGAUCCGGCGUUCUUGUCGUUUUCUGGGGAAACAGUGAAGCACGAGGAUGGAGAGGAGUUCUACCCUUUAUUUGUGAACGAAUGUGCCUACUACGAGAAGAAGAUUGCUUUCCAUUUAGCUCGGAGGACAACUUUCACUUUGCCCUCCAUUGGUCUGAGGAGCUGAAAGCAACUGGAGCAAAGUAGGAGCUGAAACAAAGUGCAGCCUGAGCUCCAUCACCUUCAACGAGCUGGAUAACAGCCGAAGAUCAAAGUGUCCGAUCACCUCUGUCCGCCUAAUUCUCAACUUUUAUACUUCACUGAAUCACUUUAAGAUCAAUCAGCCAAAAAAAAGUUCUGAAAGACUGAUUACUUUUUACAAUUA